AUGGAGGACGAGCACGUCCUGCGGUGCGACUGGUGCCCCGAUCGGCGGUUCAAAGGUUUUCCCAGCAUACAGCUUCCAGCAUAUCUACCAGAGGUUGGACGACGCGUCCCCAACUGCCUCUCGAAGAAGGGCCUUGCCAUCAGGUGGGCCAUAUUGAAAACACUACCCGGAGCAUGGUGA